AUGGACGGUGAGGGAUCAAGUUCGAAUGAUGCCCCUCUGCCCGACAAAGAGGACAAAAGUGUUGUUUCCGAAACUCCUUCUAUUGAGCAGCUAGAGGACAUACUGCAUGGAGGUAACCUGUCGUGUAGCCAUGUAGACGAAGUCUGGCCCAAUCUGUUCCUAGGAGACAUGUAUAUGUCCCAUGACAGAUAUAGCCUGUGGAGUCUGGGCGUUACCCACGUCCUGAAUGCCGCCCAUGGGAAAACAUGUUGCAAAGGAAGUGAUGAUUUCUAUGGCACAACUGUGCGUUACUAUGGUGUCCCAGCCAAUGACUUGCCUACGUUUGACAUUUCACCUUUCUUCUACCCCUCGGCACAGUUCAUCCAUCAGGCUCUCAGCGUUCCCGGAGCCAAAGUGUUUGUGCACUGUGCUGUAGGAGUCAGCCGCUCUGCAGCUCUGGUCCUGGCAUACUUAAUGAUCUAUCACAAUUACACUCUCCUGAACGCUAUCCUGAAGGUCAAAGAGAAACGCUGGAUUUUCCCAAACAGAGGAUUCCUCAGGCAACUGCAGAUACUGGAUGCCAGUUUAAAGAGAGACUCCCCACUGGAAUAA